AUGUUUCCUCUGCAUGGCGUCAACGCCGCGAUGCUGCUGGAGCUCCACCAGCAGAUGGCGCCACAGUACAGCAGCGUCUACGCGGCCAGCCCCGCAGCGCGCACCCUGUCGGUGGCUGAAAGACUUGCAGAACUUAUACUUGAGGCACGCUAUGGGAACCAGCAGAAGCAGCGCCGCAGCCGCACGGCCUUCACGGUGUCCCAGCUGCAGGCUCUGGAGAAAGCUUUUGAGCAGACCCAGUACCCUGAUGUCAGCAUGAGAGAGAGGCUCGCUGUUUGCAUCAACCUGCCCGAGGCGCGCAUUCAGGUGUGGUUUAAGAACAGGAGAGCAAAGUUUCGCAAAGGUCAAAGGUGCGUACCCCUCUCCAAAGACAAAAAUACAGAGGAGGCACUAAAUGACAGCAAGCUGGGAGAGGAGGGGGACCGACAAGACAUGGACGCAUCGCCCACUGAAAGCAACAUCGCACUCAGGCCAUGUCUGCCUCCCACUACCGUGUCAGAUAAAAGAAGAGAUAUUUGCCCCCGUACAAACUCUCAUCUCAUCUCCAGCUGCCCCCUACGACUCCCCUCCCCUCCACUUUUCCCUUUCAUCCCAGGCCAGAGUUAUAGCCACCCACCUCGCCAGCCACUUUUUGGGAUGUUUUCCACAGAGCUUGUAGCCCCUCCAGAGUUCUGGCCCUUCAUACAGCAGCAGAGCCAGAGCCUCGGGGCUCCUCUGUCAGCCAUGACUAAAAACUGUAGCCUCUCCCUUCAGACUGCUUGUUCCAGUAAAGCUGUGCUGUAUCCUAACUUGGGCUUGUAA